CCCGGCCCGCCCCCGACUAUAAAGGGAGUAGGCGGCUUCCCAGGCUCCAGCACGCGUUCCAGCAGCUGCCUUUCCCGCUCACCCUGUACUGGGACCUCAACUCACUUCCAUUCAAAAUGGACCCCAACUGCUCCUGCGCCACUGGCGACUCCUGCACCUGUGCUGGCUCCUGCAAAUGCAAAGAGUGCAGAUGCACCUCCUGCAAGAAGAGCUGCUGCUCCUGCUGCCCUGUGGGCUGUGCCAAGUGUGCCCCGGGCUGUGUCUGCAAAGGAGCAUCGGACAAGUGCAGCUGCUGCGCCUGAGGUGGGGUGAACCCUGCUCCCGUGUGUGCACACCUGAAUUUCUUGUCCUUGUCUCCAGACCCGUUUGAAUCAUUCCUUUUUUCACGAAGCAUGUGAAUGAUAAUAAAAGCUGUGUACUUAAUUUUGA